ACUUCCGGCAGCAGUCGGCGGGGCCAUGGCUGCCCUCCUUCGCGCUGUGCCUAGGUUUCGAGGGCCAGCUGUAUGGGGGAGGCCUCUCCCCAGGCUGUGGUGCUGCAGUGGGCAGAAGGAUCCCAAGAGGUGGGUGGAGAGCAAGUUGUCCACCUCAAAGGAGAAGCCACCAGGCACAGAGACUGAAAAAUUCCAGAUGGUCUACCGUUUUGAUGCCAUCAGAGCCUUAGGGUACGUGUCUCGACUGAAGCUGGCGCAGACUGCCCUGACAGUGGUGGCUUUGCCACCAGGCUUCUACUGGUACUCUCAGGGCAUCUUGACGCUCAACUCCGUGUGCCUCAUGAGCGGGAUAGCUGGCUUUGCCCUGGCCAUGCUGUGCUGGAUGAGCUAUUUCUUUCGGAGACUGGUGGGGAUCCUGUACGUGAAUGAGUCUGGCACCGUGCUGCGUGUGGCCCACCUCACCUUCUGGGGCUGGCGACAGGACACCUACUGUCCCAUGGAAGAUGUGAUACCCCUGACAGAAACCAAGGACCGACCCCAGGAGCUGUUUGUGCGCAUCCAGCAGUACAGUGGGAAGCAGACCUUCUAUCUCACCCUGCGGUAUGGACGCAUCCUGGACAGAGAGCGUUUCACGGAGGUGUUUGGGGUGCUCGAUGCGCGCAAGUGACAGCCGGGCCUCUGGGUGGGCAAGGCUGAAGAAGGGGAUCAGGCACCUGGAGGCUUUGCCUGGGCCCCUGGGAACUUGUGUUUUGGGAUGAAGAAAUUCAUGAGGCAGACGGGUUUAGGGAAAAGGUGCUUAGUGCAAAUGCCAUACUGUGUUAUCUGUUCAGAGCCGGUUCUUGGAAGCUGUGCCACCACUCAGACAGUUUACUGUUAAACUGAAGGCAGGGGUGUGUGGUGGGGAGCCCUAGAUUUGGAGUCGGAAGUCCUAGUUUCUGUCAGUUGUCAACUCCCUGUCCUGGGGCAGGUUAUCAAGUCUCUCUGCACCUUGGUUUUCACAUCUAUAAAGUGGGAAGUCCCGCCGGUCUCAUGGAGUGGAUGUGAGAAUAAACAAUAAAUGUCAGGUGUGUUGCAAACUCAGCAGCCCAGUGCAACUACUAAGCAUUUGGUCGGAGGUUAUGGCAUGCUGAAAGGCUUGCCGGCAGUCAGUAGGGAUUGCCACAGCCUUGUGCUGUGCCCCUAAUGUACCCAGUUGCAGAAGGGAUUGGCAUGAAGGGGGAAGAUUUCAUCCUGCCCACCAGCUGCAGCAGGGAUGUCAACCUGAGUGAAUACAACACCCCAGCCAGAUUUUGUUCACCUCCUAGACGUCUAGUGGCUCCCACGUCGGAAGGCUUUGCAGUGUAAUAACCACAUGGACUGUGUGCUGGUGCAUUCUUUAUACAAUAAAGCUAGUUCUAUGCUUUUCCCCCCAUAACUAA